AUGGACAUAUCUCAAGCACAGAUUCCACAGCAACAUCGGUACGUUACACUCUUAGACGCUAUGAGAUUAACAUGGGUUAGUGGGAGUAAAGAACCUCAAGGAGUACAAUAUGCCGAUGGGAAAACACUGACAUCAACAGUCACAACAUUUUCGCAAGAUGAUAUGUGCACUUCGGCUCUUCCAAGUCCUGCCAAGGACUUUGGGUGGCAUGACCCUGGAUUCAUCCAUUCAGCAGUCAUGACAGGAUUAAGCCAUUCGACCGCAUACUCGUACAGAUAUGGAAGUGAUUCAGUAGGCUGGAGUGAUAAAAUCCAGUUUCGAACGCCACCUGCUGGAGGAUCUGAUGAACUUAAGUUUCUUGCAUUUGGUGAUAUGGGGAAGGCUCCUCUUGAUCCUUCUGCCGAACACUACAUUCAGCCGGGAUCUCUCUCGGUGAUUAAAGCCAUGACCGAUGAGGUAGAAUCAGGCAAUGUAGACUCCAUCUUCCACAUUGGUGAUAUAAGUUAUGCAACAGGAUUCUUGGUUGAAUGGGAUUUUUUCCUUCACCUUAUAAGUCGUCCGGCUUCUCAAGUGUCUUACAUGACUGCGAUCGGAAACCACGAGAGGGAUUACGUUGAUUCAGGAUCAGUGUAUGUAACUCCUGACUCAGGUGGAGAAUGUGGAGUUGCUUAUGAGACCUAUUUUCCAAUGCCAACCCCAGCAAAGGAUAAACCAUGGUAUUCUAUAGAACAAGGACCUGUUCACUUUACAGUCAUUUCAACCGAGCAUGACUGGACUGCAAAUUCUGAGCAGUAUGAGUGGAUGAAGAAGGACAUGUCUUCCGUCGAUCGAUCAAAAACUCCUUGGCUAAUUUUUACCGGGCACAGACCGAUGUAUUCCUCCACUGAUGGAUUGUUUACCAUCGAUGACAAAUUUACUAAGGCUGUAGAACCAUUACUGGUGCAGUAUAAGGCUGAUAUGGUUCUCUUCGGCCAUGUUCACAAUUACGAAAGAACAUGUUCUGUUUAUGAAAGCAAUUGCCUAGCCAUGCCUACAAAAGAUCGAAACGGUAUCGACACAUACGACCACAGCAAUUACAGUGCCCCAGUGCAAGCAGUUAUUGGUAUGGCUGGCUUCAGUCUGGACAAGUUCUCAGAACCUGGUAGUUGGAGUUUGAAGAGGAUUUCUGAAUUUGGGUAUCUAAGAGGGCAUGCUACAAGGGAAGAAAUAAACUUAGAGUUUGUGGAUUCAAAUGCUAGACAAGUUCAAGACAGCUUCCGCAUCACCAAAGGGCAAAAUUGA